AUUUACCCUGGUAACUAUGAUGAUUACAUGGCAGCUUCCAUGCAAGCGCAAGCACAAUUGGCUGCCAAUAAUGCCAAAGCCAAGGAGCGGGUGGCCGAGCUACAAGAGUUUGUGAGACGAUUUUCGGCCAAUAAAUCUAAAGCGCGGCAAGUGCCAGCUGACAGCGGUACGAUCAAAUGGGCAGAACACGCGAAUAUUGGUUAUAUGCCACAAGAUACCUACACUGAGUUUGAACAAGAUAUGACCGUCUUUGAAUGGAUGACGCAAUGGGGGCAAGCCGGUGAUGAUGACCAG